UACCACUUCUUGUAAAAUUUAGAUACUUUGGCAACCCAAACGCAGAACAUCAAAACUCUGAACCCAUCAAAACCUCUUCCCUUCUCUCUUAAACUCUCCACAACAUUUCUCACCGGCGAAACACUUAUCGUUGCGUCGCCGACAACAGUCAAUCGUCGCCACCUUCAAACUCUGCAUAAAACAAAGGUUGACCUUUGUAGAGUGUUGACGCUUGAUUGCAAUUGCAUUUGAAUUACAAGUAAACACAGCAAGAUGAAGGUGGUGGCCUUGGUGAGUGGUGGCAAAGACAGUUGCUAUGCCAUGAUGCAAUGUAUCCACUACGGCCAUGAGAUUGUGGCCUUGGCUAAUUUGUUGCCUGUGGAUGAUUCAAUCGACGAAUUGGACAGCUAUAUGUAUCAAACUGUCGGGCAUCAGAUUGUUGUUAGCUAUGCAAAAUGCAUGGGAUUGCCCUUAUUCAGGAGGCGAUUACAAGGUUCCACCAGGCAUCAUGAACUUAGUUACAAAAUGACUCCUGGAGAUGAAGUUGAAGAUAUGUUUUGUUUAUUAAGUGAAGUGAAGAGGCAAAUACCUGCUAUUGCCGCAGUUUCUUCAGGUGCAAUAGCAUCAGACUAUCAGAGGCUACGGGUUGAAAGCGUGUGUUCACGAUUAGGACUUGUGUCUUUAGCUUAUAUGUGGAAACGAGAGCAGUCACUGCUUCUUCAAGAAAUGAUAACAAGUGGGAUUGUUGCUAUCAUAGUGAAGGUUGCAGCUAUUGGAUUGCACCCAGCAAAGCACCUGGGGAAGGAACUAGCUCACAUGACAUCCCAUCUGCAUCAUUUAAAUGGCUUGUAUGGAAUUAAUGUAUGUGGUGAAGGAGGGGAGUAUGAAACAUUGACCCUUGAUUGUCCCCUUUUCAAGUUUGCUCGAAUUGUGCUGGAUGAUUUUCAAGUUGUACUGCAUUCUCCAGAUUCCAUAGCUCCUGUUGGGGUCCUUCAUCCUUCAGCUUUUCAUGUCGAACCAAAGGGAUUGUCUACAUAUACAAGUGACAGCAAUUGUAAUAAUGGGACUUCUUUGGAGGAAAUGAAUUGUGUCUAUGACGUUCAAGGAGAUUGCACGUUGGUUUACGCAGACCAAAGCCAGGUUUCUGACUCCCUUUCUGAUACGAUUGAAAGUACCACGUAUCAUUUGCAGAUGACAAAGAUAGACAGGGGGGAUACCUUUUCAAUCUGCUGCUGGUUGCAAGAUUUGCACAGAUCCUCAUCUGGUUUGCAGAAUGAUCUCAAAGUUAUUUUAUCUCAUCUUCAAUCACAACUCAAGCAAUAUGGUUUUAGUUGGGAAGAUGUUCUCUACAUUCAUCUAUAUAUUGCGGAUAUGAAUGAGUUUGCUGCAGCAAAUGAAACAUAUGUGAGCUUUAUCACCCAUGAAAAAUGCCGAUUUGGUGUUCCAUCACGCAGUACAGUAGAAUUGCCUUUGCUGCAGGCAGGACUAGGGAAAGCAUAUGUUGAAGUUCUAGUGUCGAGGGACAAAACGAAAAAAGUGCUACAUGUACAGAGUAUCUCGCGAUGGGCGCCGAGUUGCAUAGGGCCCUACAGCCAGGCAACCUUAAAUCACGGCAUACUUCAUAUGGCGGGGCAACUUGGUCUCAACCCUCCAACAAUGACCCUCUGUGACGGUGGCAUUACUUCAGAGCUGGAACAAGCAUUGUUAAAUAGUGAAGCAAUUGCAAAUUGCUUUCGUUGUUCAAUAUCUACCUCCACAAUUUCAUUCAUUGUCUAUUGUUCGGCGCAGACUGUAUCACUGAAUAGGACCGAAGUCCAGGACAAGUGGGAAGGGUUACUUGAGCAGUUAAAGUUACUUUAUUCAGCUAAAGGAAGUGUAUCUGAAGUGUUUGCUCCAAUUCUUUUGUUUAUCCUUGCCCCUCAACUACCAAAGAGAGCACUCAUAGAAGUAAAGCCAACACUUUUCAUUAGGGAGGAUGAUACUGAUGAAUCAGAAGAUGACUUCGAUAUCCAAGAUCAUCAAACACGCACAACACAACAAGAUUACUGGGGGUUUCAGGACGAACCAUGGCAUCAUUCUUGCCUUCAAAAAUGCAUUGUGCCCGGAAAUAUAUGUGCAGUUAUGCUAAACAUUACAUGUGAAAACAUCACAAAGAUCUGUAAUGAUACUCUGGUUUCUGGACAUCCCCUUUCUGAAGGACAUACCGAAAAACUUGCUAAAUGGUGCAUUUAUCUUAUUGACAGUGUCCUUAGUGAGAACUUGUUUUCCUGGGAAAAUGCUAUGUACUUUAGGGUUUACUUUCGAACCGAUUCUUUCGUGCAAAUGGAGAGGUUGUCACUUAUAUUAAGCCGAGCAUUUCAAGAAUUUGCAGAAAUUAAUCCGAAGUUUAAGAGUGGUCAUGAACCCAUUUUUAACCUUGUACCUGUCCUCGGCUCCGGGACAUCCAUGACAUCUAUGGAUGCAGUGUUCACAUGUGAAUUGUUGGCUCAAAAACCGUCAUGCUAGGGUGGUUUAAUCCUUCUUUUUCAGGAAGAUACAGACAGAGACAGGUUUACAAGUUUGGUUGAUGAAAUUGUAGGUUACUCAAAGAGGAAGAGUUUUACUUUCCUCUUUGCCAUUUUCGUUUUUUGCAGAUUACUCAAAACAAAACAUCAAAGGGUUAGUACCUAUUAGUUUAUCUAUGUUGGCAGCUUUCGAAUUCGGAUUUAAUAUUCCUUGUAUAACCAUUUGGUAGCUGAUUGAGCUACGUUGAUACAUAUUGAUUAUUGACUAA